ACACAAUCCAUCUACCCUAGAUCGACGCAUCUCGUCUCAUCGCAUUGAGUUCUGGAUCCUGCGCUGAGGUUCUCUGGGGGUUUGUGGUGCUGCGGAAGGCUUUGGAGAGAUAUGAGUGUUGAUGUGAAUAUUGGGCAUCACCAUGGAUCUUGAUCAUGAUGAUAGUGAUGGUGAGGGUGGAGUGGCUUUGGAGGUAAGUUGUUGGCUGGUUUUUUUUUCUUGCUCUCUUCUUCGCUGCGCUUGUUUGCUGGUGUGUGUUUUUUUGUACUUUGGAUGCUUUCUUUUUUUGAGGGGUGAGGAGGUGUUUGUAUAUCGGAUGUCUUGGAUGGGGUGUAUGGGGAUGUAAGGGUAUGGGAUAGUUCUCAUGUACCUUCUCCUACGGCGGUCUGGAUGUUCCUUUUUUAUUAAUGUUUGUGGAGAGCGUCCUCAACGUAUGGUGGAGAUGGUCCCAGUGAGACUGUCUCAUUCUCUUGCGUCGGAGGGAUCGUCGCUCGUCCCCACAGUGGGUGUAAAAUCUGGGGAAGUGGCGAUGAAGAUCUGGGGAUUCCAAGGAUCUGUCAUGCUCAGACAUCACGAAUUGGGGGGAAAUAUUCGUUGUGUCUAUAGACUGUUAGUUGGAUUCUUGUGUUUCUUUUGAGUCUUGAAGUACUUGUCGUUCUUUGUCUCUUGAGGAUGGUUGCGAUGGUUGUCGCUCAUCUUUUUACGGCUCAGUGGUCGUGAGAUGCUGUUAGAAGUCUCCAAGGAGAUUAUAACCAGAUAUGCAAGAAUUUUAUAUAGGCUUUGAAUGGUAGGCCAAUCACGGACUGAUAUAUUGUUCCUGGCUGUAAUUCGCUUGGUUUUGGCGAAUUUCCCAGCAAGCUCAAAAGUUGUGGAGUGAAGGCGAAAUUCGGCCAUCCAACUGCAAAUGUGGAGGUUUUUGUAACCUCAAUUGGCAAAAUCUUUAAGCAGGGGGAUGAGUUUCAUUCGUCCUGUCUGGGUUGUGAUGUCGCGGGUACCUGCAUUCCGAGCCUCAGCUAUGCGUUUGUUCUCGUUGUCUCAAUGGGAUCGUCACUCUCCCACCGUAUAAAACAUGGGGAAGCGACGAUCUGCGGGGCCACAGGUUGGAGACCAACUGGUCUCAUCUUGUUUCUUUUUUAGGUUGUGCUUGUGCGCGUACCUGCAUUUUGGCAUCUCGUUUAGAUGUUUCUUUUCCUCUCAAGGCUCUUGGCUCCGCUCAACUUCCCAACCUCACAAGAUACGAGAAGGUCUUGAAUUGUAUGCGCGACGGGUACUUCUGCUGGAUAAGACGUCUAGGUGAUUGACCAAUCGUGGAGUCUACGAGUCGUUAGUUGCUUCUCGUUUCUGUUACUGUUUAUGGACUGCGGACUCGCACACUCCUACAUUUUCAGCUUUAUCUGCGGUCACCGUUCUGUCUUCUCAUCAAGUUGCUCUUCUACUUGACAGAGACUCUGCUCUUCUCGGCCAAAGCUCUGGGAUCUGAUAGAGUGUUGGAAAGAGCAUGCGUAGCUACUCCAAGAUCUGAAGCCUGCCAUCUGACAGAUGCCCUCAUAGAUGCUUGGAAUCUCUUGAGGAGACUCGAAUUGUAUGCGAUACUUGAGUGUUGGUAUAGAAAAGACUUGUUGAUGAACACAUUGGAAGACAGUAUGAGGGAGGUAUGUAAGCAUGCCAUACUUUCAUGUGGACUAUGUCGCUGGGAGAAACAACACUGUUGUGGCCGACGCUCUGGGGCUCGUUGCCCUACAAGCGAGGCAGCGAGAACUCGGAGCGGGAGUUUUUCCAGGGAGGGGGACUAGGUCUCUCCGCCUGAUAUUUCCCUCUCCCACUAUCCUGCCACAUAUCAAUUUCUUGCUUAUCGCCCUCAAUCUUCGCACCAACCUUCUUCUGCUUUGCUUUAAAUCUACACAAGCACGAGAAAUAUUAACUGUCUAGCAGCCAAUAAUGGGUGAAAACCGCGGUAAGGGGUACAUCCCUCUGCCGAAUGAUCCACGCGAAUACCAGGAGCUUGAGUGGUCGGAUGACGACUCUAUUCAUGUUUCGCCCAGACAAUACAGAUUGGAACAGAUUCGAGAAUUCCAUAUUGCGAGAGUAGCCGCAAGAGGGGAGGACGGUAUGCCACGCCUUAUCAUACUGGUACUUCGCAGAAUCAUCCUACUCACCCGCUUGCUAGGAACUAAUCUUGCUGAACUCCAGCAAUAUGUCUCAUUUGAGACUGGCGAGCUGGCUCCUCUCGGCGAGGAGUUUACGCUCUUCCAACUCGUCAAGGAAUUCCCAUGGUAUCAUGUAGGGAAGAGGUAUCAACAAAAAGUGAGUGAUCUAUUUGCCCUCUACAAAGUUCAAUCACAGCCAUCUUCAGCACCAUCCGGUGGUGGUGGAUGGUAUCUUGACCAUAUUCACCGCAUACGUGUGGGAGCUUCGACUCUACAACUCGACUUCGUAGAUACGUUUUUAUUCGUGCGAGUCGCAGCACACCCUCACCAUUCUCAUACAAUUUCUCACUUCUCAUCGGCAUUUCUGCUAACGCUAACAGGUUGCCAUAAAUCAUUUCAGCAACGAAAAGAUCUUUAAUUACCCAUGGAGUUUGUGAGUAGCGCGCUUAAUCUUCAGCUCCAUGUUGAUAAUAGUCACUAACUUCAUCAUCCAGCUUCUACCUUCAUAAGUUGAAAUCACCAAACCCUUCCUCACCCCUCAUCCUAGUUCUGGCUAGUCAAUUUGAGCACUAUCUCCAGACAAUCAAUGCUCUCGGUUACAAAUCCAGGCUAUCGUUGCCGGCCGGGGACGCUGUUGAAGCGUACCGCGCAUAUUUCGAGGACAGCAGCACGCCCUGCCCACGAUAUCUUGGAAAGGCGGGUGAUCACUCCGAGUUUGAGGAUCUCAAAUCCUACAGUAUCUACCCUAGAACCUACCAGAAGCCUGGCGAACCAGCAACACCGACGCCAACCAAAGAGUCUCUUGAGGCUUUCCAAUCAAUGCUUGACACAAUGUUGGCAACACAAAAGGCGAAAGCCGCUGCUAGUAAGGCCGUGGCGAAGAAGAAACGUGUUGAACUAAAGUCUUCCUGGGGCAGAAGCGUUAAGCGUGUCCAGCGUUAUAUCGGCCUGCGGGCCAAAGUUGAGGAAAGGGCUGACUGGGUUCCUGCUACGAUGAAGGAUCCAGAAUUCUCGGCAGAUAGUCUUGCUCCGGCGGAUAUGGACUUUGACGUCGUGUUUGUCUGUAUUGACAUCGAGGCCUGGGAAGAUAAUAAUGAUAUUAUCACGGAGAUAGGAGUCUCUUCUCUCGAUACGAGAGACCUGGCUACAGUACCACCGGGGCCAAAUGGCACCAAUUGGCACAAAAUCAUACGAGCACGUCACUUCCGCAUACAAGAGUAUGCUAGUCAUACGUACGUUAACCGGAAGCACAUAAGUGGCUGUCCGGAUAGUUUCCUGUUUGGGUAAGUACUUCUUUUCUCCUGUUUCAAUUGGAUGUGUGCUCAUUGAGACAAUCUUCAGAACAACUGAGAUUAUCCCGAAAAGUGCGUCUACAGCAUACAUUGCAAGCUCCUUUAUAGAACCUUUCGCCAAACCAAUCCCCGGUGCCAAAAGAACUCCAGAUGUCAAUAAUCUGGCCCAACGUAACGUUGUUUUUGUGGGGCAUAACACGGCGUCUGAUAUCAAAUUCUUAAAGAAAUUGGGAUUUGAUAUAUUUGACGUAAGCAACAUUAUAGAACAUAUUGACACAGCUCAGAUGCAUCAAUUUUUGACACGCCGACCCGACACUAGAAAGCUUGUAACUGUACUCGCUGAGCUAGACUUGGCGGGCUGGAGUGCACAUAAUGGCGGCAACGAUGCCGUUUACACUUUGCAAGCCAUGAUCUCACUUGCUAUUCGUGAUCUUACGGACAAAGCGAAAGCAAAGGAGAAGAGAAAGGAGCAAGAGUUGGCAGCGAAGCUGCAAAAUGAAGAGUAUGUUACCUUCUAAUCUCAAGGCGCGAAUGGAAAAAGACUGGAGCUUUUGCUAACUGAUAUGAACAGGACUGUGACCAAUGCGAGAGCAGAGGCUGAGGAGCGGGAGGAAGGCGUAUCUUCGGGAGACGAAGGCAGUGAUGGCGGCAACCCCGUCAAGCCUUACGAGAUACCGAUUGCAAAGAGAGACAAAUACUUGAACUGGCCUUCCGAACCUUUCGCGCCUUCUUGGGAUCAUCCGAGUAGUCAAGUUCCCCUGGCUGGACUCGGUGGUGAAGAGAUGAACAUUGGAGAUGACACAAAUGCCCGGCCACAUUCGAAAGUUCAAAAGAAGUCGACCGCCUGGGAGGAUGAGAGCGAUGAUGAGGCUGUUUAUUCUGCUCCCGCUCCCGCGGAUAUGGGAUACCCAAUGAAUGAGGUUGUUGAGGAGACUCGGGAUUUCAUACAGGAGGCUGACCCUACAGUUGGAACCACUCCAGGCAAUCUCCACCAACUUACCAAUCUCUUGAAAGAACAAAAGCAGCGUCAAACGACAGCAUGGGAAGAGGAACCAGCGGUCGAUGAGCAACUUGCCAAUGACAUGGCAAAUCUCAGUACGGUUCAAAAUAAGACGGACCGAGUUAGCGAAUGGCUUAGUGGAAAUACUUCUCUUGGUGAGGAAGUUACCAAUCCUGAGGCGAGUUCGGGCUGGUACGAUCCCGCUGGAGGACCUGGCGGCCCCUAUGUUUUAGAUGGUUUGCAGAAGAAGAAGAAGAACCGUACUAUGGCAUGGGAAGACGAAUUGUAACUUGGCAAACUCGAAUUUCUGCGCAGCACUCCUUUUUUGGCGUUGGAGUUUUUUCAUGCUCUACUUUCCGCUAGUUGGGCUUUUGGUGUCGUUUUCAGUGGGCAUUUAAAUUUGUUACAUCUGGGGCAUUGCGAUAGGGUUUGCAUUUGUUACUGGAGCACCUCACUUUUUCGGCUGCAUCUGCGAUGGUUUUCACGAGUUUGUUCUCGUUCAGGGGCAAGGAGUUUACAAACAGUCGACACACUUUCAUCUAUGUUAAACUUGGGCAAAGUCCUAAAUUCGACUCGUCUUCCUCGCGCUUCCUCGGAAUCUGAACUGCCAUGGACGUCUUCAAGGUUGAACCUUCUCUUCCCCUUUUUCCUUUUUCCUUUCCUUUCUUUUUCUUUUGAGCGAUGAAAUCGGAGGAGUUAAUGGUGCAUAUGGGAGGAGAAAUUGACAUUGCGAAACGAUGCAACGAAUGAUGGAAUACAAAAAUGGAUGGAAUGAAAUGAAUUGAAUUUGGUGCUAGUCCCUGAGGACACGAUAGGCACUACUAAGCUAUCAGAAAUGAAAUUUGGUGCUAGAUCCUGAGAGCAUGAUGGCACUACACUAAGCUAUCGAAACGUCUGUCUGUAAUUAGAGAACAUAAAGACGUUUUGAC